AUGGCUGACUCCAACGACAACAAACAAGGCAUUUCCGACAACAAACCAAAAGAAAUAAUGGUUGAAAUCGGUGGCAAGCAAGUUCCAUUGUCAAGGAUCAGUAAACCGCACGCCGUUGUCCUUCCCAAUUCAGAAAAUUUCCCUGAUUUGGAAAAGUCUUCUAAACAAAAGGAAGACGUAAAGGCAUUCGGCCAAGCGGUGCAAGAUCCCGGUAAGCAAAAGCAACAAUUCGAUGCUGCUUCUUUCCCUGAUGUUGAGCCAGAAGCUAAGAAGAGAGAGGAGGAGUUGGAGAAAGCUCGCGCAAAGAAGAAUGAUUGA